UCACCCUCAACAAUUUUUUCCAUCAAACACAACCCACCUUCAAUCUGACUCCAAAUUUCUGCUCCAAAAUGUUAUUUGCCAAUAUGAAAAAUGGUUUACUAGCCAUUGUUCUGGCUGGAAUUAUUGCUGGAGCAAUGCCCGUAAGGGCUCAAAACUGUGGCUGUGCAGAAGGGCUAUGUUGUAGCCGAUGGGGGUAUUGUGGUACUGGCGAUGAUUACUGUGGCACCGGGUGCCAACAGGGUCCUUGUAAUCCACCACCAACUUUAAACAAUGUUUCAGUGGCUGAAAUAGUCACACCUGAAUUCUUUAAUGGCAUUUUGGAAGUGGCAGAAGCUAGUUGCGAAGGGAAGAACUUUUACUCAAGAGCAGCAUUUCUUGAAGCGCUCAAUUCUUAUCCUCAGUUUGGCAGGAUUGGAUCAAUUGAUGAUUCCAAGCGUGAGAUUGCAGCUUUCUUUGGACAUGUCACGCAUGAGACUGGACAUUUUUGCUACAUUGAAGAGAUAAACGGUGCAACAAGGGACUACUGUGAUGAGACCAAUACCCAGUAUCCAUGCAACCCUGAUAAAGGUUACUAUGGCCGUGGACCAAUCCAACUAUCCUGGAAUUUCAACUAUGGACCAGCUGGGGAGAGCAUCGGCUUCGAUGGACUAAACUCACCUGAAACCGUCGCCACAGACCCUAUUAUCUCCUUCAAGACCGCCUUGUGGUACUGGGUGAACUCUGUUCAACCUGUCAUAGGCCAAGGCUUCGGGGCAACUAUUCGUGCCAUUAAUGGGGCUCUUGAGUGCGAUGGUGGAAACCCUGCUACAGUUCAGAGACGGAUUGAGUACUAUACCGAUUACUGUAACCAGCUUGGUGUUGAUCCUGGGCCAAAUCUAACCUGCUAGAAUUCAUUUUUUGUCACUUGCAGCCUUCUUUUUUCUAUGAAUUUCAAUUUCAAUAAUUUUUUUCUUGUUUUGGUUACUUGGGGUACGGUUGAAAUAGAAUACUAUAUGUAAUCAUAUUGGAUCGCCUAUUAUAUAUGGAAAACUCUGAUUCGGAU